GCGUUAACGCUAGUUAGCGUGAGCUCGGUCGUUAGUUACCCCGUGAAUCUUAAAAAAGCGCAGUAUUUAGCAGAGUGAACACAGACAUAGAGGCAUCCCCAGGUGAACAUGUUAUGUAGUAUGAGCGUAUAGCCUGAGCGCCUGGCCUCUCGUAAAGGCGCAGUGCGUCUGUUUUGUUCGCUAAGUUGGUUUCGGUGCUGCUGCUGCUAGCAGGCUAGGCGGCUAACACUCGGUCAGCGCACUAAACCAGGAAGGAGGGACCCGACGACCAGCCAGCCUGGCCUCAGAGCUCGGGCUACUUCUGCAGUUUUAUUCUUAAAAAAAAACGCACCUCCUGCAUUCGUGUAGAAACGGGAAAAGGGAAAGGAAUAUUCUUACUGGCCUGAAAUCUAAGAUGUCAAAGCCUCCAAAUUCUCCGGCUCGGUCCCGCUCCAGAUCCAGGUCUAGGUCCAGAUCCAGGUCCUACUCCAGGUCUCACUCUAGAAGCCGCUCAAGAUCCAGAAAACGUCGUUACAGUUCUAGGUCUCGGUCCCGCUCUCGUUCGCAUUCUCCGUCCUACAGGAACUAUCCUUCUCGGGACUAUCAGAACAACAGAGGUGGCUUCAGAGGCUACAACAGAGGCUACCGGCGGCCGUACCACUACCGAGGUAGAGGCCGAGGCUAUUACCAACGGGGCCAUUACCAAAACAGAGGUGGAGGAGGUUAUGGCUAUAAGGGUAAUUGGCAGGGUGGUGGAGGUGGUGGAGGAGGUGGUGGCUGGCAUGAUCGGCAUCACGACCAGGACCACCACUCUCACAGCCCGAGGAGGGGCCGCUCACGCUCUCGUACACCCAGGAAGCGCUCGGGCAGCCGGAGCCGCUCCCGCUACUCUGAUCGUUCAUCUUCUGGAAGGUCCCGCCGCUCCAGGCGCUCCAGCGUCACCUCUGGCUCCCGCUCCUCGUCCCCACGACGUCGCAGCAGCAAGGGCAAGUCUGGCCCCAAGGAUGCCAGAGACAAGCCGGCUGAAAGUCAGGUCAAGAAAUCCACUCCGGAACCAGACGGCAGCACCAUCGAAAAGGCGUCUGGAGGCAAAUGGAUCGACUACGAAGCAAGCCCCAAACCAAUCAGCCCAGAGACUAAGAAAGAGGAUCCUCCUUCUGGUCUUGAAAUCAAAGUGCCCGUGAGUGGUGGCUCUAUGUGGAAAUCCAUCGGCAGUGCGUCCCCUCCGGCAAAGAGCCCCACAAAGUCCGGACAAACGGCCUCGUUCAGCGGCUUUGGGUUCUUCUCAAAGGAAGACGUCAAACCUGCAGAUAAGACUGCGAUCUCUGCUGCCUUCAAAAAGUUCCUGGCAGAGAGUAAAAGCAAAAAGCAGGCAGCUGAAAAAGAAAGCAGCCGUGAUAAGGAGCAGGUCAGCGUAGAUAGGGAACCAGAGAAAAGUGGCAAAACCGGAGAGCUGUUCAACAUCUCGUCCUUUGGUGACACCAAAGAAGACAAGGCUAUGCCUUUCUUUGAAGCUGGAGAAGAAGAGUUCCUCAAGUCACACGGGCUGAAAGAGCGGGACAUUGAGGAGGAUGCUGAGGUAAAACCCGCCCUUACGGCUCGGGACAUUUUUGGGAAAUGGGGGGACGAGUCAAGCUUUUCGACAUCCUAUCCAUCUGUCGAGAAAAGCCGCGGAGACGCUGAAGAGGCAGAACCCAUCGAUCCCGUGGAGGAGGAGUUGUACCGAAGCCGCAAACACAAGAAAGAAGAGAAGUCCAAGAAGAAGGAGAAGAAAGAAAAGGAGAAGCCCAGAAGGAGUUUGUCCCCUCCAUCAACUUCCAGAGAGAAAGACCGGCCGCUCUUUCCCGGAGCUUUUCCUCCUCGUGAGCAGUCGCCUGCACAGCGUCUGUUUGCAUCAAAGGAAGAUUUUGAGCUCAGAAUUGCUUCUUUAGAUGAACCCAGCUCCUCCCUCUCUAAGGAUCGCCACCUGCCCCGCGAGCUGAUGAAUACCACUAAGAAAGAUCCGGAGUUUCGCUCCAUUUUCCAGCACAUUCAGUCCGCGCAGCUCCGUCGCAGCCCCUCUGAGCUGUUCGCUCAGCACAUAGUCUCUAUUGUGCACUACAUCAAAGCUCAGCACUUCCACUCCUCAGACAUGACUCUAAGUGAGCGGUUUGCCAUGUACCAAAGAAAAGCUGCAGAGGCAGAAAUGAUCAAGCCAAGGAAGAGCCCAGAAAUCCACAGGAGAAUCGAUGUUUCCCCCAGUGCCUUUAAGAGGCACUCUCACCUGUUUGAGGAUAUGGAAGAGGCAAUCUACAAGGACCCAAGUAAAAAGUUCAAAGGCGACGUGAUGGACCUCCGCCUGGAUAUUGAAAGACGUAAGAAGUUUGCUGGGAAGGAACGUGACUACAAGCGUGAAGGAGGCAGGAGCCCAGGAGGCUCCCGGGGACCGAGCAGAGAGAGGUCCUCGGAGAAAUCUGGGAAGCACCACAAGAAAUCCAAGAAAGGUAAGAAGAAGCGGGAUCGCUCUCCUUCAUCCUCUUCCUCCUCAUCCUCCCCCUCCCCUUACCCUCCAUCGUUCAGAGGCAAAGAGUACAUGGGGGAGGGGAUGGAGCACUCUGAAGAGGGCUACAGCCACUCGCGUUAUCCUCCUCGGGACUACAGCGGCCCCGGGGAUCGAGGCCCUCGAGAUUAUGAGGGCCACAGCACGGAGAGGGGCCGAGGCCGCGGAUUUUUCCCCAGAGUGAGAGGAAGAGGUUGGAGCAGGGGAAAUUAUCCCGGCAAUAACAGCAACGGAAACCCUGCCAACAUGAAUCCUCCGGUGCGCCCGCCGGAGGAGGAGUGGGACCCUGAAUACACCCCCAAGAGCAGGAAGUACUACCUGCAUGAUGAUCGCGACGGAGAGAAAACCUGGAUCGAUAACCGGGGGCGAGGCCGCGGAUCCUUCCCCGCUCGCCGCGGACGCUUCGUGUACCGAAAGGGAGGCAGCAGCCCGAAGUGGACCCACGACAUGUACCAGGGGGGAGAGGAGGGCGAGCUGGGCGAUGACGGCUUAGAGAUCGACCACAAAGAAGCCAAGAACGCCGGAGACACGCAGAGCAUGAAGCAGUAAAGCUCUCGCUGUCACCUAGAUGUAGAUGUCCUGUUAGAGUGGCGACGAAGGGGCUAAUUUUCUGUUUUCUCCAUUUAACGGUUAACAUGUCCGGUGAGUUCUUGCUGUAGAAGUGAAGCGAAGAGCAUAACUGUUACUGUGAUUAUUUUUGUUUUGUUUUUUUAAUGUUUUGGGGUUUUGGUUUUUUUUUUUUUUUAGGUGUAAUUUGUGUCCACAGCAGCAAAGAUUCAAAAAGGUUAAUUGAGAUUAAUUUUCUUCCACGAACACAAAAAAAAAAAAGAAAAGCGUUUGUGCCUUAGGAAAUGACACGGCGACACGUCCGUCUGAUGUGUUUGAAGGUGAAGGAGAAAUCUGAUGAAUCAGUUUUUUGUUUUUUUGUUUUUAAAUACACGAAACGUUUGAUUCCCACGUCGCUCGGCGGGACCAAUCAGAGGGCGGCUGCACAGCUCGACGAUUCACAGACGCGGCGGGUCGCCCCGGACCGUUCGUCACUUCCUGAGCUUCUUCGUACAGCUGUGGUUCGCAUCGGUUUGUUCUCAUUGGUUUGUGGAUGUUUUCAUUUCAUUAACACGGGUCUAAAUUGUUAAAGCGGGAACUGGCGUUCAAGUCCCGCAGAAAACACGUAAACGUUCUCCACUGCUGUCAUAUCGGUUUAGGGAAGAGGCCACGUUUGUCUAGAUUUUUAAUUCAAAUAAAAUCGGUAGUCGUUACAUGAGGUAAUCCAUGUAUAGAUGUAUUGUAAUCCUGCAGUUUUAUUUCUGUCUUUAAAAAAAACAAAAGAAAAAAACAUGAAAACUGAAGAGAACUCUGAACAUUUGUAGGGGAAAAAAAAACAAAACAAAACGUGAUUUUUAAACCAAGUCGACCUAAACUAGCAGAACUAGUUUGGCACAUCUCGCCGCGCCCUUCUCGUCCCACUUUCGACUGUACAUACUGCAUGUAUCAAACAGGACUGGUUUUGUUCGGCCUGAUGCUGAAAUCUUUUUUACUGUUCAAGAGCUUUGAAUUACCCGUCUUUUAAUUUUCAAUAAAUUUUUCUUUGAUUCAGG